UCUCCCUAUAAUUGUAUUCGUGAACUCCAGACCACACAUCAGCUUUCUGUUGGACGUGUACUGUUUAUUCUAUUAGGCAAGACAAGCUCUUAGGUCCUGCUCAAGACACAGCAAAACCCUCUUUCAUUAGGGUAAAGAUGCACCUGGAAUGUGUGGAUGAUUAAUUGCCAUGAGUUAAUUUAUAUUUGCUUGCCAAAAUGUGGACCAAUAUGAGGCUAAUUCUUGGGGUGAUCUUGCUACUCAUUCUUUGGCCAUGUGUGAGCACACAGCAUUGCCCAGAUAAAAUAAUUCCUCCAGAACUGAAGAGCCCUGAUUCUUGGUCUGUGCAGAAAGCUCACACAGGAUUUAUGUCCUCUGUUGUCCAUUCCUUUUUGAACUCUGUUCAACCCAACCAUUUCCCUAAAGAGCUUUUCAUUAAAGUUCUGAACUCUCGUAGCAGCAUAGAUGAAGCAACUAUAAAUGAGUUUCUGCGCUAUGAGCAGGGAUUUUUGGUGUGUGUGGCCAUUGGGAUUCUGUACAUCGUCCUCAUGCCCUUAAUUGGCAUGUGUUUUGCUUGCUGUCGUUGCUGUGGGAAUUGUGGGGGCCGCAUGUACCAAAAGAAGACCAGUAGCUUCAAGUGCAGACGGCGGAGCUUUUACUGGGCUACUUUUCUAAUCACCAUCUUCAUAUUGGCGGGAAAUAUUUGUAUGUUCUUAAGUAAUGCCCACACCCACGAGAAUGUGAGGUCUGCACCAGGUGAAUUCAACAACACCAUAAAAAAUCUACAAAGCUACAUCAACGUUAUUCCUGAGCAAAUAGACCAAGUUGCGCAUGAGAGUGUUGAAGUUGUGGAUAAUGUCACAUCUAACGUUAAAGGAAUUGGCCCUUUGCUUGGCAGAGAGAUCCAAAGAGAAAUAGAAGGAUCUAUUAAGCCGGCCAUGGACUCUGUUGCAGUAAUAACAGAAGUUCUUCAAAACACCAGUUUGUUCCUGUCCACAUUGAAUGCAACUCAGAAAGAGCUGGAUUUGCUACAGUCAAACCUGACCAGAGUGAAAACAUCCAUCAACAAGACACUGCACAGCCCAGGCUGCAUGAACUGUGUUUUCUUGCAGUCUGAAUUGAACAAGCUGUCCCUGGCCUCAGGCCUAAAUUUGUCCAGCUUUAGUAAGCUCCAGUCAGCUUUGAACCAGGCUGAGAAGACUGAUCUGAAUGCGUCUAUACAGAGAGGGAAAGAUUUCAUUGAAAGCAUUCCUGAAAAGGUGACUGAAGCAACCAGAGACAGCGUGCAGAAGGUUCAACAGGACCUUCAAACUAUAAAGAGCCAGGUCUCAGAGGUAACCAGAGAUAUUCCACGUGAACAGUUGACCAGAUUCUCCAGCACACUGAGUAAUAUACUAGAAUAUAGUACAAACUAUACAUCCACGCUAGACCUGGCAGAGAAAAUUAGGUGGAUUAUUGCAGUGAUCCUGUGCUGUCUCAUUCUUCUGGUGGUGGUGUGUAAUCUGCUGGGAUUGAUGCUUGGCCCAGCAGGACUGGUGACUAAAGAUGAUUCAACUGAUCGUUCUAGCACAGCAAACUGUGGUGGACUGUUCCUCAUGACGGGUGUUGGCUUUAGCUUUUUAUUCUCUUGGAUCUUCAUGAUAGUAGUCCUGAUCCUUUUCUUUGUAGGAGGUAACUUAUAUACCUUCAUCUGUGUGCCAUGGAAGAAUCAGCAACUCUUUGAGCUCAUUGACACUCCAGGCGUAGUUCAAGGAUUUCAGCUGUCUCAAAGCCUAGGACUAAAGACAAAUCUCACUAUCAGUGAUGUGUAUAAGGACUGCCAAAUGAAUAAGUCUCUAUGGUAUACUCUCCACCUGGAGGAAAUUAUUGACCUCAAUAGCUAUCUUAAUGUGUCCAAAUACACAGCACAGGUGCAGAAAGAGCUUGAGAGCAGCAAUAUCACUUUACCCAGCAUUGUUCUGCUCGAUCCUGGGGCGAUGAAGCAACUGACCAGCUUCUCAGCUACUGUCAGCAGUGUGAACAUCAGUAGCAUUAUGCAAAAGGUUAUUACUCCAUCAGUAACAAAUCUUAUUUACGUUGCUGACAAAUUGGAAGCUUUGGCUAAUAACCAGACUAAUCCGACUGUUAAAGCCGAACUACAGAAUGAGGCAAAAGACCUGAGAUUCUUCCAGACUCAGUUUAAUUCCACCUUCAGUCUUCAGUUGAUGGAGUUAAGCACUCAAGUUGAGCGUUUCAGUGACUUAAUAUCUCACAUCAAUGGCACUGUGCAGAAUGUUCUGGAGCAUUUCCACUCAGUUCAGGAUGUUUUGAAUAACAACAUGACGAAAACAGUGAAAUCGAAACUUACUGAAUUUAUAGACUGUCAGAUUAGAGUCUUCACAGCACUUGCUGAAUGGACCAACCAAACGAUUACUGAGCAGGUGGGACGCUGUGGGCCAGUUGCUGUUACUGUCAACACUGUAGAAAAUAUAUUUUGCUCACAGCUUGUGGACUCUCUGAAUGCCUUUUGGUUCAGUUUGGGCUGGUGCAUAGUCUUCCUCAUUCCUAGUAUUAUUUUCUCUGUUAAACUGGCCAAGUUUUACCGCCGGAUGAAGUACAAGGAUGAGUAUAUGGAUAACCUGAUGUUGAAUCCUAUCCCGCGAGUGGGUCUAAAACCAUACUGACAGGAGGAUGAGCAUUCACAUUACUGUGUCAUUGUUGCCAUAUUAAAGGACCUUAGCACAGCUGAGGAGAUACACUGGAUUCUAGGUCUUAAACCUCAGAGCCUGGAUAGUUGCUGCUUUGGAAUAAAAAGGGCAGAUUUUAUGCUGUUUGUAAUGUGCACAUUUCAGAUGUGCUUUAAAGAUUUUCCUACACGUGAGCUCUGGCUAUUAAAGCAUGCAACCUAAAACACAGAGGCUUCUGAGUUUUGAACGCUGAUUUGAAUUUGCACUUUCUCUCACGGUGAUAAUUUAUGUGCCUGGAAUGCAUAUUGUUGAAUUUAUUUUUGUAUUUUAGUUUUUUGUAUUUUUGAAUAUUUCAUGCAGUGAUAUUUUGUACCCAGAAAGAAUGAAUGUUUGAAACAUAUGUUGAUUUCAAAUUUGCUGUCUUUAAAAAGCCAUACUACUGACGUUUGAAUUACCUGUUUAAUUUUUCCUCUCAACCACUCAGUCAAUAAUACAUCUCAUCCACCUCCAUUUCUGAGGCUCUGGUCUAAAGAUAGAAACAAAAUCAAUACAGUGGAGGCAGCAUUUGCUGAUUAAAAAAAGCUCUUCUGAAGAAACAGCUUACAGAGUAUGCGGUUUUGCCUUACUGGAGCUAAGUAGGAUAGAAUCUGACCACCGAGUCUAUUCUGUAAAUAUAAAGCUGGAUAAUCAUAGCCCUUUUGGAACUGUCUGCUGGCUCUUAUGAUCUUGAAUGCCUUUGCUUCAUUUAAUCACAUCUUGGCUGGGAUAGCACAGGCCUUUCACACUGCUGUGCUGAACCUGUAUGUUGGGUGUAAAGCAGCUCUUUGGUUUGUGGUCUGUCUUCUCCAGCAGCAUGUGCCUCAUUCUCCAGUCACACAACAUGGUUGCUCUCACAAGAUCCUGCAUAUCAGUGAACAUUCCAAGCAUAACCCACAGGACAAAGGAGCAGCAUUUACACCCAGAAGACCAUGUUUUCACUGAACACUGAAACAAAUACAGCCACUUACUUAAAGCCCUUUUUUUUUUUUUUUUUUUAAACAGUUGACUAAGAACAUACCCAGAACCUGUGCAUGAUUUGAUAUCUAGGUUAAUACUCAUUAUCUGGGUUAAUAGUCAGUCAUCAGUGGUCUUUAAUAAAUCCACUGUGUAAUACUACGCCUAAUAACUAAUCUUUAUGGAACAGUAAAGUGCUUCAAAUCUAAAAAAGUCCUUUUUAAGGCCUUUAAAGUCUGCUUGAUGUAAAUUCUAUUUCUUUGUCAUGGACACACUUUAAUAAGCAUUUCACUGCACUUUGCACUAUGUAUGGUUGUCAGAAUCAGAAUCAGAUUCUGAUUCUAUGUAUGGUUGUGUGUGACAAAUAAAAUACAAAAAUCUGAUUCUACAAAA